AGUAUACACGCGUCGCCUCGUUUCCAUGGAGGGGAGAGUGAUAGAUGCUCAAAGGAAUGGCCGUAGCGUAGUGACUGAAACGUGAACGAUCUUGCUUAAUUAUCGACGAUUCCCCUUGACAGAUCAUCUAAACAAGGAGUAAAGUGUACAGGAAUAAGCUUAGAGUAUGUUACCAGGAAAAAAUGGGAAAUCCGACGAGAAAUAACAAGGAAAAACGUACAUCUCGCGCAUAGCAUGUUUGAAAGAUGGCUGAAUUUCAAGGCCAACAGACUGCUACUGCUUCAAGGAGACAAAGGACUUUCUCGGACAGCUCGACGGAUGUUUCAGCUGGGAUCGAUUUACAGGAAAGGUUAAGGAAAGAGAAAUCACAACGUAAAGAGACCGACGAAGUUAAUCAGCGACUUCAGGACGAUUACGACGAACUCCUUAAAAAGUACGCACAGGCUGAGAACACUAUAGAUCAACUGCGGAUAGGUGCUAAACUAAACUUGUACAGCGAUUUACCUCCACCACAACAAAGCUCAUUUGUGAAAGUUUCGGUUCACAAUCAGCCUGGUGUCUUUAGAUUUCCCAAAAGUCGCCAAGCUGUUUUAAGCGAAGGUGGUUUUCCUCCAAGCGAAGGAUCUCACUCUAUAUCGCAAAAUGGCAACCAAUUGCAACGGACAACAGGUCCAGCGACUGAUUCUUCUCCAGCAAAUCUAUCGAGUCCCGAUGGACGAGGAGCACGAUUUAGGGCAGCAUUGACUUCUAAAGUACAGUAUUUUCAAGAGGAUGUAGACGCUUUGCAGAGCCAUGUUAUGGAGGGGCAAUGGGGAGAGCCCGAACUUCAAGAACUGAGGGAUAUGUGCGAGCAGUUGAAAGCACAAAACGGGAAUUUGAAACAAGAAUUACUGCAGAUACAACGAUUGGAAAGUGGAAGAGAUCCAGAGUCCUUUGAAAACGAAAGCUUUACUGGUGAUUUUCAACCUGAGGACAGUCUUGAUGGACAACUUUAUCGAUGUGGACUGCGACUGGAAGAAAUUUCAGACCAGCUUGGGUACCGUACUACUACAGCUAAUGGUCUUCACAGUCAGCAGGAAAGAAGAAAUAGUUACAGUGAUUUGUUAAACAGAGAAGGGAACAGCUCUGAUGAUGUAGGAGAUCUGGAUUUAAAUUCCGUUGGAAGAGAAGAUGACUUUUCCAGAAGGUUUUCGCUGGGUCCGCUUCCAGAUAGCGAGGGCGAAGAAAAACAGGGGCUUGGUGACCAAGCCGAACCUUUGGAACUACAGGAGUCUGGUUACUUCGCGUCAGAAUCUAUGAGUGUGAUCCAAGACCCCCUCUCUGAGCCGUUGUCAAGCCAGUACUUCGUAAACAGUCAAGGGCCACACGAUAGAAUACGAACAAGGUCCUUACCUCACACAAGCCCUCAUCGCCUUUCAAUUGGCUCAAGUACUGGACAGCGGUCAAGGAGCAACAGCCACCGCAGCCGCGCCAACACAGAGGACUUCGACUCACCCCCACCCCCAGAGGAUGAUGGAGAUAAUUAUGUUCCAUCUUCAAGCUUACCUUCUCCACAGAACUCCCCUGGUAGUUCUAAAUCACCCCGAGCUUCGUCUAGUCCUGUGCGUAACAGCGUAAGCGGAAUUCCUCCGCCUCCACGACGCCAAGACAGUCACAUGAGUGAGGGCAGUAGCAAACGGUCACGUGCCAGUUCUAGAGCAUCGAGACUGCCUGGGUGUAACAGUAUUCCCACUCACGAUAGCUCGCAUGAUACUCAACCAGUCGAACCCUUUGAUUCACGCGAUCGCAUGGCUAGUACUCACAGCUCACCACGUGAACAGCACGAGCCGCAAGAAUCGCGGCGAAAUAGCACGCGAGAACCGCCACGAACGUUAAACGUGUUACAUGAUGAUAACGUGCGAAAGCCCUCCAGGGUUACUCAUGGUCGUCCUUUAAGAGCGAGUGUGUCGGGAGAUAGUCGUGUUUCCACGCCCCUUUUCCUUCCCAACGGGAACGGGCCUGCUCAGCCUAGAGAGCUUAACCGUAGGGGAAAGUAUCGCAACCCAGCGGCAGAUUCUGAGAGAGGUUUCGAUAGCGGCUUCUUUGGUUCGGAGGGAAGUCGCAUAUCACGGGGCCUCGAAUCCCCUGACAUUCCGCCCCCUUAUUACCCUGAGACUAAACUACGCAGUGCACCUUUACAAGAACAAUCUGCAACAGAGACUGAAGAUGAUAGGAUCCUCACCACGGCGCCGAAACAUGCGCCGAAGUUAAUUCCUAGAAAUAGAGAUGCGAGGCGACGGAGGUCCUCCUUGCAGUCGCUGUCUGAAAGCGACGAGGAUCGUUAUUUAGAGACAACUCACUCCAAACCUACGACGAGAACGCCGUCGUCUCAGCGAGAACGAAGAAGUCAUCGGCAUACUCCAACUCAUCCUACCCACCGAUCUGAUAACGAAGGUGUUCGAAGACUUGACGACAGUUUACGAAGGCAUGCGUCUACUCCGAGCAUAUACGAAGAUGGUACAGGAGAAAGAUCAGUGCCUAGUGCCGUGAGUGGGAGAACGUCUAAGACUACCACACGCCACAAGAAGGGGACUAAUACUCCAAGAAGUACUGGCCCGCGGUUAGAUCAGUCCCGGCCAAUGGAUAAACAGAGCGUGCGCAGUUACCCGGGUGACCGUGAAUCCGUGCGGUCGGGACGGCGGUCAAGGAGAGGUGACGAUAGUAGGAGUGGAUACAGUGACAACGAACGGAGAUAUCGUCGAGAUCCUAUUGAUAAACUGAGAGAGGAGCUUCAGAGCUUGCGUACGCAACUGCAGCAAGACUCGAACGCUCGCGGAUUGCAAGCUCAGAUGUACGACGACCUCCGACGGAGACACGACGAUCUGGAACGAGAGAUGGCCCGAAGAGGUGCUGAACAACAAAUGGCGAACCUAUACGACAAUCUUCAGAAAAAAUACGAUGAUCUGGCGAACGAAAUGUCUCGAAGCAAAGAAAAUGCAGCAACAAGUACGACGACACCUCACGACGAUCUAAGAAGACGAAUCGAAGAACUAGCAAGGGACGUAGGAGACUUAAAACAAAGAGAUCGCCAGCGACCUUCUCGUUCUCGAUCUCCUUCGCCAGCUCCCACAAAAGAACCCGAGGUCACUACGAUGCAGUUUUUGUGUCCUUUCUGCGGAGAUUCUGGCACUCACAGUCAUGGGAAUUAUUUCUAUCCGGGGUAUUCUGGACCAGCGCAGGAAACCCCGAUGAUUACCACACGGACACCAACCUCGCGACCUCGCCGUCAUACUGAGACGCAGACGCCUUACACUCCAGGGUUAACGAACACUUAUGUCCACCACCCCACUACCCCUGCGGCUACUUCCACACCGUACUCACCCUACUACCACAAUGUUGUCUCAUCGCCUAUGCAUCAUCACACACAUACUUAUCCGGGAGCGGCUACCUCAUCGUCCGUAGUACCAGCUGGAGUUGUACCCGGUGUACCGGUGGCGCCCCCCGGGGUGCUAAACGAAACCACAACCGUUCAUCAUAUCCAUCAUAUUCCCCGGGGGGGGAAGUCCAGGAACCGGCGGGAUUAUGUGGUAUCCGACAGCGAUGACUCUGAAAGUGACGAAGAAUACCCUGCAUCUCGGAGCAGGCACGUCCGACUUAGAAGUAACCCAAGUCCAAGUAACAGCGGUUGGGGAAUUCACCAAGGAGACGAGUUGGAGAGUUAUCGACUUCAUCAGUCACUGGACGUGGCUAACAAAGCCGCAAGAAGAAUGCAGAAUAUAUCUAAGAGAAUGCUGAGUAACAUCGCGUCCGACUUAAUACGAUCCGGCAAGAGAUAGCACCUAGAUACAUAUUCCCAGCUACAGAAGUAGUUCAUCAUUAUCGUCUUUCUUUUGAAGUCAGCUGUGAUCUUUCUCCGUGGUUGGACUCGGAAACAACUCCAGGAGAUUCUUGGUCGUUUGCAGACAAGAAGAAAACCCACUACCAUAUAUAAACGAGGUGCAUGUAUCGCCGAAAUUUCAUGCAAAGCCAUCCCUAAAGCUCUCUCUUAUUUCUAUCACCUUGAAUAAGAUCAGUAUUAUAAUCUAACGAAUUUCAUUCUCAUGAAAUAAUUCAAUAAUUUUCUCAGCAUGGCUAACUCUUCGAUACAAGUUUCACAUUUUCUUGUCAUUAAUUACGCUGCGCUCCAUCCAGACUUGCCUUAGUUUGCUAAAACAAGGUGCUCUUUAACUAAUUUCUACCUUUUUAAUCUAAUACACAAGCUCUGCUUUGAGUUAUCGUCCAAGUGUAAAGGUUCUCAAAGUAUAACAAACAACCCUACAAACUUAACUAUCAGUGACUUUCGCGCUGGAAUUUCUUAAACAAUGUCGGACUGUAUAAUGAUAUACGAAGUUAGAAUGUAGUUGAAAAUUAUUUUUGUAUUUUCCAACAGAUUUUGUAUAGUAUAUAGCAUUUGUUUUAUAUUAGUAUUUAUUUAUUAGUUUUUUAUUCCAAAUAUUCACCCGCCUAUCUCAUUUUAUUUAUUCAUACAUGCCAGAUAUGAAUGUGUUAUGCCUAUACUUUAAAUCACAAAUUACUAUAUAUUUUACGUGUUUUUAUCUUUUAUGUGACAAAAGACUUAACAAUAGGUUUGCUCGGUGUUGCGCGCACAAAACAUAUUGAAAAAUUAAGAGCAAUUUUAAAUUUGCUGCGGUCGUUAAAGGUAGCGUUGUAAUAGCUAUGAUACAAAAUUAUUGUUUAAUAACAUAGUUUUGUGAAA